UUUGCGCGUUCUCAAUUUAAUGUAAAGAGGUGGAGACAUAAUUGAGCAAUUUAUAGACUUUUCUGUGGGUCCCACUUCCUCAACGCCCAACUCUUAUCAUCCUUAAACAUUUCUUCUUCUUCUUCCCCACUUUCUCCAUACACAAAUUUGAGAGUUGCAUCCAUGGCUGAAAAUGGUGAAGAAAAACUCAUAGCUGUUGCUCGUCAUAUCGCCAAAACACUUGGUCAUACUGAUACUAUGACUGAUGAUAUCCUUCAAAUCUUCUCUAAUUUUGAUAAUCGAUUCCGUAAAAAACUUACUGAUGAUCAACCACUUGAACGAACCCUUAAAUCUCUUCAUCGUCAGAUCUCUCGUCAUCUCUCCGCUCAGCAUCAUAUAUGGUCUGAUUCAGCUGAGUCUGCUGCUUUCCUUGAUUCUGUUGACCAAUUAUUGGCCGUAAUUCAUGAAUGGAAUCCUAUGGCAAAUGACAAAUCUGUUUCUGUUUCUCUUGAUAAAGCUGAUGAUUUACUUCAACAAGCUAUGUUUCGUUUACAAGAUGAGUUUACUACCCUCAUGCAACGCGCUUCCGAGUCCGUGGAUCUCACGCGCCACCAGAAUGGUGGUAAUAAUUUGGGAGACUACUACGAAUCUGAAGAGGAAGAAGUUGAUGAUGAUGAUGAUGAUGAUGAUGAGAUUCCUAUAGCACAUCCUGUAACGGAUUACGGGAUCCUUAUUGAAGCUUUACCGGCGGGAAUCAUUAGCGAUCUACAUGAGAUUGCUAAGAGAAUGGUGGCUGCUGGGUAUGAGAAAGAGUGUUCACACGCGUAUAGUGUGUCUAGAAGAGAGUUUUUGGAAGAGAGUUUAAGUAGAUUGGGGUUGCAGAAGCUGAGUAUGGAUCAAGUGCAGAAAAUGCAGUGGAAUGAGCUUGAAGAUGAGAUUGAGAAAUGGGUUAAAGCGGUCAACGUAGCUCUCCGAAUCCUGUUCCCGAGUGAACGUCGACUUUGUGAUCGGGUCUUCUUUGGAUUCAACUCUGUUUCUGAUCUAUCUUUCAUGGAAGUUUCUAGAGGUUCUACUAUUCAACUUCUCAACUUUGCUGAUGCUGUUGCGAUCUCUAGUCGGGCACCGGAGAGACUUUUCAAGGUACUUGAUGUUUAUGAGGCGCUUAGGGAUUUGAUGCCUGAAUUUGAAUUGAUGUUUUCGGAUCAAUAUUGUGUGCUAUUGAGGAAUGAAGCAUUGGCUAUAUGGAGAAGAUUAGGUGAGGCUAUUAGAGGGAUAUUUAUGGAGUUGGAGAAUUUGAUUCGCCGUGAUCCUGCUAAGACUCCAGUGCCUGGUGGCGGACUCCACCCAAUUACUCGAUACGUGAUGAAUUAUAUCCGUGCAGCUUGUCGAUCCCGGAUUACUCUUGAACAGGUUUUUGAGGAAAUUGUUGUGCCAUCUGCUAGUGCUGUUGAUUACAGAGAUGGGGAUGAUAGAGCACUUUCGUCUUCUUCAUUGGCUGUUCAAAUGGCAUGGAUUAUGGAGUUACUUGAGAGUAAUCUGGAAGCAAAAUCAAAGAUUUACAAGGACUCUGCUUUGUUGGCUGUUUUUAUGAUGAAUAAUGAAAGAUACAUUGUUCAGAAAGUUAAAGAUAGUGAGUUGGGAUUGCUUUUAGGUGAUGAUUGGAUACGAAAACACGCAGCCAAAGUUAAGCAGUAUCAUGUAAGUUAUCACCGAAGUUCGUGGAGUAAGGUUUCAGGAGUUCUGAAGAUUGAUAAUAAUGCUAUGUCACCUACUGGAGCUUCGAGAUCUUUGAAAGAAAAGCUUAAGUUAUUCAAUUCCUACUUUGAGGAGAUAUGUAAAACUCAAUCCACUUGGAUAAUCUUUGAUGAGCAACUGAAGGAAGAAUUAAGGAAUUCUGUAGCAGGGUCUUUGUCUCCAGCAUAUCGCAACUUUAUUGGGAGGUUGCAGAGUAAUAACAAUUCUGGCAGGUACGCAGAGAGGCAUAUCAAGUUUAGUGUGGAGGAUCUUGAAGCUCGAAUCUUUGAGUUGUUUGAAGGGAGCAGUGGAUCGGGUGGUGGGAGGAAGUGAGAGCAAAGUCUGUAAGCAAGUGAUUGCAUCUCCUUGUACCAUAUAUAUAUGCUAGUUUAGCUGUUAGAAAUUUGUUGUGUCUCCAUGUAAUGCUGGUCAUUAAUCAUUAUGGCCUUUUCAUACCUCUAAAUUGUCUCCUCUAAUACUUGUUGUACACGCUAAUGGUUAGUUUGUUUGAAUGGCUAUGUUUGUAUUGCAAGAACUUUCUGGCUGGU